GAUUGCUGUGCCGACUGCCACCGCUACUACGGCCUCGACAACUAUGACAGCGAUUUCUAGACGAUUAUUGAGGGCAGCAGACAAUAUAACAAAGCAUUACCAUAGCCUACCUCGCAUUCUCAACUACCGUUAUCCAACUAUCAAUCUAUUCAUUCAACAGCCAUCCAACUCAGCCACUGAAGAACAGAAACCCAAAGUACGUGAAGAAUUAAGUAGAUCCGAAAGGCUUAAAAGAUUUGACGAAAGAAGAGCAGCAUUUCUCGCAAAACUCGCUGAGCGUAGACAGCAGCAAUCAUCUGCAAAAGCUGAGGAAACUCCAACAACUUCUAGACGUAGAGUAGAACCUAGCGACAAACCUUCCACUAGCACAGUAGACCCGCGCGAUUUACCGUCCACUAGUCAAGAAGAAUUUGCUAGCGACCAAGCUAACGAAGUAGGAACAAGCGAUCAGCCUUCAACCAGCCAGACGGUAUCUGGUUACGUAACCCCAGCGACAACCCCAGCAACACUAGAGAUCUAG